CAUGAAUGACAUCUCUACAGUAACAAAGUAUAUUAUAAGGAGAUUUUCUGUUUAAUAAGUCAAAAAUGAGAAUGGGAUAACCUCAAGAGACUGUGACAGGCACUUAAAAAAAACAUCGCAGGAAAGAUCAGUUGACAGCGAAGGAAUGAAGUCAGCUCUGCCCACGAGCCGCUCCAGGCCACAAAUACAGGCAGGAUUCACAGUCCAUGCAUCAGAGCCAAAGGGAAAUAAGAAUUAUAAAUGGACAUCCAAAACAUUUCCAGACAUUAAUUUAAGAAUGAUGACUGACAGUCAGUCCGAAGGUGAACAGCCUUCUGCACAUGGAAAUGAACAAACUAGCUACGAUUAUGAAUAUGUCACUUCCUCCAGCCUAGAAGACUUACGGCAUUUGAAAAUUUAUCCUGCUAAGCCAAUGAUUAUGCAGUCAGUUUACGCAGAUACGCGGUGCUUACCGGCAAGACCACCCGCACGACUUCCAAACGAAGGGCAACCCUCAGGCCACAGGUCCCAAGCAGCCAUCAGACAGCAGUCAACAGUGAAUGUACAGCCCAGGACACAGUGCAGGAGCAACAAUAUGCAAAGAUGCAAGAAAAAUGUUGAUAACCACACAGGAUUUGGAGUUCAAGGCCCAGCUGUUGACAGAACUGUCAAGCCAGUUACAACUAUAAAAGCCACUUCCCAAGCUUCAGAAAAAGAAUUCGUUCUUGAUUCCAAGCAACCAGCAACACCACCCAGACCUCCUAGGAGUAUUCCCAAAGAAUUCAAAGAACUUCCUCCAGAACCAAGUCACAUGCACUGUUUCUCGGGACCUGACAAUGUCCUGCACUCUAUGAACAAGCCAUCAAUAACACAGCCUGAAAACAACGUUGGAUUAUCAAAGAGCGAACAAAGUGAGGCAAUCACACAAAAAAAUGUUACUUCUCCAGGUACUGAUUUCCGAAGGUCACGUGACAUGCUUUUACCAGUGGACAAGCAGCAAUCAUUGCCGUUUCGACCCAUUUCCAAAAGCCCACCACCAGAAAGCUCGUUACAUCAAAUAUCACAGAUACCAGAAAUGAUAUGUCACAAUCCACCCACAAGACUAAAGCCUCAGUCUAGUCCUGAUCAACAAAAACUGAAACAUUUAUCCAGACCUGCUGCAAAGGGUUUAGAAGGACAGAAAUGGUACAUUGGUGCCUGUGACCGUUAUGAAGUAGAAGAGGCUUUAAGGUUAAACAAUAAGAAUGGCACUUUCCUGGUGAGAGAUAGUUCUAAAGGAUACCCUGAUAAGCCAUAUGUGUUGGCGGUAUAUUACCGAUUUAAAGUUUACAGCAUUCAGAUACGAUAUCUAGAGGACACCAAACAGUAUGCUUUGGGCAGUGGGCUCAGAGGACAUGAUAUAUUUGAUUCAGUGCCUGAAAUUAUAAACAUCCACAAAAAUAUUCCUUUGCGUCUUAUUGAUGGAAGAGACCAAUCAGGAAGCCAAAUGGAACAAUGUACUCUAAAAUUUCCACUGAUACUGCAUUAACAGAUUGAUAGUGUCACGUGUUAAUGAUUUUUAUCCUUUGUUAUUUACAUUGUAUAGUAAAGCUGCACUAAUUUAUUUCAAUGUAAACAUUUUUAUGUACAUACUUCAGAACAUGUUCUUAUUGAAAUUUUCUAACAACCUGCACAGAUA